GCGGAGCCCCGAGCGGCAGCUGCCCCUGCCGAGCGCCCCCGGCCCGGCCGCAUGGCCAACGUCGCCAAGAAGGUGUCCUGGUCCGGCCGGGACCGCGACGAGGAGGACGAGCCCCCGGCCGCCGGGGAGGCCACCCCGUGCUGAACGGCGCGGGCGGCGGGCGGCCCCCCGCACUCCCGGCCGAUCACCCAUUCACCCUUUCUACGCCUUGGGAAACUGAGCAGUGUGGAUCUCGAUGACGAUGUACGUGAACUGGAAACGGAGGCCACUAACCAGUUUCCCAGUGAGAUUCCUCACAACGAGAAGCUGCUCUCACUCAAGUAUGAGAGCCUGGACUACGACAACUGUGAAAACCAGCUGUUCUUGGAGGAGGAGAGGCGAAUCAAUCACACGGCGUUCCGAACGGUGGAGAUCAAGCGCUGGGUCAUCUGUGCCAUGAUUGGGAUUCUCACUGGCCUCGUUGCCUGCUUCAUCGACAUCGUGGUGGAGAAACUGGCUGGGCUGAAGUUCAGAGUGGUGAAAGACAAUAUUGACAAGUUCACCGAGAAGGGAGGGCUGUCCUUCUCCCUGUUACUUUGGGCCAUUCUGAACUCGAGCGUGGUGAUGAUUGGAUCCGUUAUUGUCGCUUUCAUAGAGCCUGUAGCCGCUGGCAGCGGGAUUCCCCAGAUUAAGUGCUACCUCAAUGGCGUGAAGAUUCCUCAUGUCGUCCGCCUCAAGACCUUGAUGAUCAAAGUCUGCGGGGUCAUUCUAUCAGUGGUUGGAGGCCUGGCUGUCGGGAAGGAAGGGCCAAUGAUUCAUUCCGGAGCAGUCAUUGCAGCUGGGAUCUCGCAAGGAAGGUCGACUUCUUUGAAGCGAGACUUUAAGAUCUUCGAGUACUUCCGCAGAGACACGGAGAAAAGGGAUUUUGUCUCGGCCGGAGCGGCUGCUGGCGUCUCAGCCGCUUUUGGUGCCCCAGUUGGGGGAGUUCUUUUCAGCUUGGAAGAAGGUGCUUCCUUCUGGAAUCAGUUCCUGACAUGGAGAAUCUUCUUUGCCUCCAUGAUCUCUACAUUCACACUGAACUCCAUCCUGAGCUUUUACCACGGAAACCCCUGGGACCUCUCCAGCCCAGGUCUCAUCAACUUUGGAAGGUUUGACAGCGAGAAACUGGGCUACACGUUCCAGGAAAUUCCGAUCUUCAUUGUUAUGGGAGUGGUAGGUGGAAUUCUCGGGGCGAUCAAUGCCUUAAAAUUACUGUUAACCAUGUUCCGAAUCAGGUACAUCCACCGCCCGUGCCUGCAGGUGAUCGAGGCCAUGCUGGUGGCGGCUGUGACGGCAGCUGUGGGGUUUGUGAUGAUCUACUGCUCUAGCGACUGCCAGCCCCUCCAAGGGGAUUCUGUGGCCUAUCCCUUGCAGCUGUUCUGUGCGGAUGGAGAAUAUAACUCGAUGGCCACCGCCUUCUUCAACACGCCUGAGAAGAGUGUUGUCAGCCUCUUUCACAACCCCCCAGGUUCUUACAAUCCCAUGACCCUGGGGAUGUUCACCCUGAUGUAUUUCUUUCUGGCCUGUUGGACCUAUGGGCUCACCGUGUCGGCAGGUGUCUUCAUCCCUUCCCUGUUGAUUGGAGCUGCCUGGGGGCGACUCUUUGGCAUAUCGUUGGCCUACCUGACCAGUGGAGCGAUCUGGGCCGACCCCGGGAAGUACGCUCUGAUGGGGGCCGCAGCGCAGCUGGGUGGGAUAGUGAGAAUGACCCUGAGCCUGACCGUCAUCAUGAUGGAAGCGACAGGCAAUGUCACCUACGGAUUCCCCAUCAUGUUGGCACUAAUGACAGCUAAGAUUGUGGGUGACUACUUUGUGGAGGGUCUGUAUGACAUGCACAUCCAGCUGCAGAGCGUUCCUUUCCUGCACUGGGAGGCUCCAGUGACGUCUCACUCCCUCACAGCCAGGGAGGUGAUGAGCGCGCCCGUGACUUGCCUCAGGAGGACUGAGAAGGUGGGGACGGUUGUGGACAUCCUCAGCGACACAUCGUCCAACCACAACGGCUUUCCUGUGGUAGAGAGCAGCCCGGACCCCACGCAGGUGGCGGGACUGCGAGGCCUGAUCCUGCGCUCCCAGCUGAUUGUUCUCCUGAAGCACAAGGUCUUCGUGGAAAGAGCCAACCUGACCUUGGUUCAGAGGCGGCUGAAGCUGAAGGAUUUCCGGGACGCCUACCCCCGCUUCCCCCCCAUCCAGUCCAUUCACGUCUCCCAGGACGAGCGCGAAUGCAUGAUGGACCUGACUGAGUUCAUGAACCCAUCGCCCUACACGGUGCCCCAGGAGGCAUCUCUGCCGAGGGUCUUCAAGCUGUUCCGGGCACUGGGCCUGCGGCACUUGGUGGUGGUGGAUAAUCACAAUGAGGUGGUCGGGCUGGUGACCAGGAAGGAUCUGGCAAGAUACCGACUAGGAAAGGAAGGGCUGGAGGAACUGUCCCUGGCGCAGACAUGAUGCUCCUGGGGCAGUUGCUUUGCCACCUUGAGCCCCGUUCCCCUGGAGGCGUCGGGAGGGAGCUGGUCCCCGCAGGCUGCUGCACCACCCGCUGCGUUCAACACGAAUGCCCAGCCCCUGAUUGUGCGUCUUGUCCAUCGCUGUGUUUCCAUUUUUUACUGGCUGCCUGUCCGUGUGUUGGCUGGGCAUCGCUGCAGCCUCCUCUCCUGUCACCCGCGGGACCAGGUGCUGGGCAGGUUCCUGGUUUCCCUGCUCUGCAUGCUGGGCCCUUGGAGCAGUUUUGAGGCUAGAGAACCCUGGGAGAGCAUGAGCAUGCUAUGAAGCUGGGCAGCAGAGAUCCCCCGGCUAAACCCCGGCCGGCGCAUUACAAGCCAGAGCUACCUCCACACCUCACGCUGCCUCCUGGAAUAGGUGCUCCAGACUUCAGGAACCAGAAUCGUGGCUCUGACCCAGUCUGCAGCCACCAUUGACCAAUGUCCAUCCUGCCUGGGCUGUCUCCUGCACCAAAGUCUUUACUCGGGAUACAGGCUUGGGAGCUGGCAAGGCCUGGUCCAGUAUCUUCUAGCAGGGACCUUGCCACGCAAAGCCUCCCUGGAUCCACAGGCCAGCAACUGGGGACCAGUGUCUUAACGCUGCCCACAGCUGAAGUGGCUUUUAACCCUGCCUGCAAAGGAAGCAGCGUACCCCAGUUCCACAGCCCCAGCCCUGCAGCUCAGCAGGGCUCUGAUGACACACACACACACAGACAACCGAGCAGACGGGCUGCCAGGGACUGGGUGCGGCUGGCUCUGCCACGUGCUGCAGCCAGGCCCUAUUUGUCUGUGACAUAUCCGGGCCUGUCUGAGACUGUGGGCCAGCCCGUGGGCACGGCCCCUCCUGGCACUGCCUGUGCUGUGCGUCUCAGACACGACGCAGCCCCGCCCUCCUCAUACCCUCUUGUAUCUCCCAGGUGGGGAUCACCCUGGGCCCCUCCUGGGGAGGCUGAAUGGCCUGGGGCCAGGGCUUGUUUGGAUGCAGGCAAUUGGUGAAGGAGUCUUCCUGGGGCGUAUGUGCCGAGUGGGUGUUGGUGCCACAGGAAGGUACCCGGUGCUGAGUGCUGCCCAGCUGUGGGGCCAGGCAGGGUUGAACCCCAUGCUGGGGACAGGUGGUUUCUCUCUGUAGAGCGCAGUGCUUAUCAAAGGCCUUAUACAAUGACAGCCGUGGUCUCCAGCUGCAGCCAGUCCCGGGCACCCAUGCGACUGCUAAUGGGAAGUGCAGCAUCUGGGCCCUCUUGCCCUGUUCCUGGAGAGCAGCCGUCUCAGCAGAGCAGGGCUGCCCACUCUGUCCAGUCUGUGCCAUCUUCCCCGGUUGCUGGGCAUCCUGUGCCUGGCUUCCCUUUGGUGGGGGGGCUCCAAGGGAUGGGGCAGGGGGCUGAAAGGAAGAGGGACCUGCCUCGUGAAUAUUUAGGGAACGAAGUGAUGCCAUGUGGGACGCUGAAGUGGAGCAUUUACAAAUGAUCCCCUGCUCCCGGAGAGGGGUUCGCCCCGGGCAGGCAGCCUCUGUCCCUAGCUCCCGUCCAUUCUGUCAGCUCUCCUGUGCUCCACUCAGUGUUGGCAGCACAGGCCUGAGGUGCAGCUCAUGCUCCUGGCGAGAGGGGGGUGGGGCCGAAAUGCACAGAGACCGUAAGAAAUAAAAUCACUGGAACCAAACAGCUGCUGCUGGAUCUGCUUUUCCGUCUGCGCCCCGUCCCGGCCGCACGCUCCUGGGCAGCCCGGUGAGAUCUAACGGGGUCAGGCCGGGGCAGGGAGCAGUGUCCAGUUCAGGGGGAUAGACUCAGGAAGGAAGAAACAGCUCUGCACGACUUGGGCUUAGGGUGAAGUCAUCCCCACGUCCACCUCGCAGAGCUCAGAUCCUGCCCAGCAAGAAUGCCCCGUGGCUGAGGGGAAAGGUCAGGCCGGUGCGUGCGGAGCCGGGGCUGGCCAAUCGGCACACCUGAGCUCGCCACAUGGCAGUCUCAGCUUCAUGCAAAGCCUUUACAAGUUGGGCUGUGAAAAUCUGGCCUGAACUCACGGCCGCGCUCAGUGCCAAGCAGUAAGUGAAGGAUGCUGCUGGUGCCAGUUCCCAGAAGGGGCAGGGAACGUGACAGCUGAAAGGUCCGGGGUGCCAACUCAUCACACUGCCCUGAGAGGUGGCUGCAGGUGGUGAGACAACAGGACAGCCAGAGGCCAUCUUGGAUGGCUUGGAGGUGGCAGAGGCUGCCUGCUGCAGGUCAGCCAUUGCUCCAGCCCACGGGUUCCUGGAGCAGCCUUGGCAGAGGAGGCCUCUGGUCAGUGCAAGCCUUGUUCCUGCAUCCUCUUCCACGGGCCCUACUCCCCUGUGGGCACAGUCCUGGAGCUAGGACUUCACCCGCUGCUAGAAACGAGAGCUAGUGACCAGCCUCUUGCAGCCAUUGUAAAGCUGGGCUCCCCUGGCAGCAGGCUGUGCAUCACCCGGUAGUGUACAGACUUCAUCAGCGAGUGUCUCACACUGGAGUCUGAAAUACCAGCCCUAGUGCACAUCUCAGUGUCCCAGUUACUUGGGGGUGGAGCAGUUUGUUCAUGAGUAGCUUGCGGGUCACAGCCAAGGGCUCGGUCAUCACCAGGUGUAGGGAGCUGGGGCUAGAGAUUUUACACACCUGUGUCUACCAGAGGGCUGAGAUCAGCCUCCCCAGAGCCCUUGGAAACAAAGUAGAAUCUUUCCAACCAAGAGAACUUGCCCCCUCCAGGCCGAGUGGAUUCCAGUGUCUCCUCGGAGAGCUGCUUUAAACACCCAGGGCUCAAGCCCACUCGUGUUGUAGAUGCAGACCUCGCACAGUCAGCUAGGGCUGCUCCAGCAAGUGUGUUCCUGUACCUCUGGAGCAGGAUUGGGCUCUGAAGGGGCACGCAGGGCAAUGGAUUCCCUCCCUCUGGGACCCAAAUAAUGAUCUCCCAAAGCAGGCCACCAUCUUCUCUGCCUCUCCUCUCACCUUGGUAUCUGAAUUUGUAAAAGGAGCAGUUGCAAACCCCAAGCGUCUGUUUUGGAAGCUCUUGAGAUUUUCUAUAGGGAGAUGACCCAUGGGAGAUAUUUUGUGCUGAAAUAAAGGCUGUUUAUACUUUUA